AGGAAGAGAGAAAGAAUAGUGUAGUUGCUGGAUGGGUCGAUGGAUCGGAUGGGUCUCCUCAGUGAGUUCAUUUCAAUGCUUUAACGAACGCUUUGUAUGGGUAAUUUGAAGGCCCUGUGCACCAGCUUUUUGCUCGGAACUCGCAGAAAUUUGGCAACUGUGCCCUGGUACAGGCUGCUCCUGACAGGUGCGCAGAGUGCACAGGAUGGGCAGACGAGAGGCAGACGGCAGAGGCGCAAUGAACCCCAGUCAGCGUUCCGAGCUCGGUUGUCUGCAGGAUGCGGCAUCUAGCAGCCACCAUGGCGGUGAGCAGCUCCCGACGAUGGACGGCCGUCACCCCGGCAGCGCUGACAAGCGGCAGAGAAACGCAGACGUGGGGGCGAUGGGUCGGGCAUCGCCUGCCACGGCGGCACCAGAGGAAGUGAAGAAGCACCAGCACAAACACAACUUGAAACACCGUUAUGAGGUGAUGGAGACUCUGGGGAAAGGCACCUACGGAAAAGUGAAGAAAGCGGUAGAGAGAGCAAGCCUGAGGACGGUGGCAAUUAAGUCAAUCCGCAAGGAGCGCAUCACUGACGACCUGGACAGAAUUCACAUCCAGAGAGAGAUUGAGAUCACCUCCUCACUCAGGCAUCCUAACAUCAUACGGUUCCAUGAGGUGUUCGAGAGCCGGGAUAAGAUUGUGAUAGUGAUGGAGUACGCCAGCAGAGGAGAGCUGUAUGAUUACAUACAGGAGAGGAGACGACUGCCAGAGACAGAAGCCAGAAGCAUCUUCAGACAAAUCACAUCUGCUGUCCACUACUGCCACAAGAACGGAGUGGUGCAUCGAGACCUCAAACUGGAGAACAUCCUAUUAGAUCAAGAUUUGAACGUAAAGCUGGCUGACUUUGGCCUUUCAAAUAAUUUCCAGAGGGGUACUCUUCUGCAGACCUAUUGUGGAAGCCCACUCUAUGCUGCCCCAGAGAUAGUGAAAGGGCUUCCAUACCAGGGGCCAGAGGUUGACUGCUGGGCACUGGGGGUGCUGUUAUAUGCACUGGUGUACAGCAGCAUGCCAUUCGAUGGGGCCAGUCAUGCUAAGCUUACAGAACAGAUCAUCCAAGGCCGCUAUUGCAGGCCCAACCCCCCCUCAGAUGCCUGUGCUCUCAUUGACUGGUUGUUAACAGUGCGUGUGGAUGAGAGGGCCACAAUAGAAGAUGUGGCCAAUCACUGGUGGGUAAACUGGGGCUAUGAAGACAUUGUGUGUGACUGUCCUUCAUCUCCACACCAUGAAUGCCCUUCCCCUCUUCUGGCUCGCUACAUCGAUUGGCAGAAUCAGGUCACUGCUGCUGGCAAGUUGACCGUUGAACCGGGGUGCCUGUCUUCAGACUCAUCCUGUCCUCAGCUCACUUCAACCUCUUUUUACUUCAGCUUUUCUCUGAAGAAUGACUGUGGAGAAGGAGGAGGAGGAGGAAGGGUACGUGGAGGGAUUUCAAGCCUCAGGAAGUCACGUAAGGAGAAUACAAUUCCCCAGACUGCACUGGGAGCUUGUGGUGUUUGUCCAACAGCUGCAUCUUCUGCUGCAAUUUCCUCCAGUUCAACCACUGAAAGAAGGAAACCCAAGGGCAUCCUAAAACACCAGAGGAGUUUAGAUUCUGUCUUCCACAACCCUCCUAAGGACAACUCUUCCUCUGAACUGUUUCCUACUGUUCCCCAGCCUUAUCGGACACACACACUCACUCAUACACAUUCUGAUGUCUUGUCCACAAGCCUAACACCGCCUUCCAUGUUCAGGCAGCCUUCAUCCAAGGUGCCCAAGAAGGGGAUACUAAAGAACUUAUAUGUGGGGGACUCGAGUUAUACUUCAUCCUCUGAAAGAAGAGGCUCAGGAGUAGAAAUUAAAGAUGGCAAAACAGGCUUGCCAGACUCCCACAAGCAGCACACCUGCCGUUCAGCAGCAGAGGAUAGUCCCACUAUGUGCACAGAAGCGGUAAGGAGACGGAAAGGUAUCCUAAAACGGAAUGGAAAAUUCUCUCGCAGUCUGGAUCUUCCUGACAAGCCCACUUUGACUCCCUCUUCCACCCCUGCGAUACUUCCUGAGGCUCUGCAGCAGCUCUUACAGGCUGCUGGGGACACUGAAGGCCGCCGUAGCCGUCCCUCCAGCGUGGUGAGUGAGGACAGCCUCUUCUCCUCUGAUUCAUUUGACCUGUUGGAUCUCACCACCCAAUCACGUCACAGGAUUUUCUGCCAGGAGAUUCAGCACAGCAAUUGCAGCUCCGAGGAGCACUUGGAGCCCCAGAGAACUGAGGCAGACAAGAUGGAAGAAGACAGAGAAGGACAUAAGUAAAUGCUAGUAUCAGAAAAAUGGUUGACAAAAAAUUAAGUGUGGCCAAAAACUGGGUUUCAUGCUGUUUCUUUGGUUCACUUGUAUGUGAUAAUCAGUGCCUGUCAUCUGGUAAAGACUGAACAUCUCAAGUUCACUGAACAUUCAGAGUAAAGCACUUUUUUGACAUAUUUGUUUGUAUUGAAUUAUAAAUUAAACAGUGGCUAUAGACUGCUUAACUGUUUUCUGGACACAAGCCAAUACUAAGACUGACAAUUGGCACCUGAAGGCAACCCACUAUCUGCCAAUGAGACAGAAAACUCUAUUUGUCCAACUUUACCUAAACAAUAGAUCCUCUUAUUUAGAUCUGACAGAUUUCUACUCAGAAAAGCUUUGAGUAUCUGUGUCAUCUUUUGAAAUAUGAAUUGAUGCAUCAUUGAAUGAAAAGACCUGUGUGUUUCCUCCCACCUGGGUUUUUUUCAGAUACAAAACUGAGAACGGUGCAUUAGAAACCAGCUUAUUGAAUGGAAUUACAAUCUGUUUUACAGGUAGGAAACAUUUGACAGGAGCUAUGUAAAGUUUCAAAUUCCCAACUAAGAUGCCAUGUUUUCAUGUUUUUCUGUGUUUUGUUAAACAGUGGUUUCGUGCUGUAAUAUUAGACAGUGUUGUUGCACCAUUGUCUUUUGCAGUGAAGCAUUAACAUAGUUUGCUAUUUAUAUUGAUGUGCUCAACUUCAGCUUUACUGUUGAUUUUGUUUUACUUUAAAUUUAAUGUCUCUGGCGGGAAAGACUGCUAAACUAAUCCUCUGUAAUACUUUGUAGCAGCACUUACUUUAUGGGCCUUAUAUAAACAUUGAUAAAUGGUUUCAAACACGCUAUCAUGUAGUUGCAAAACGACACUUUGACUGUUCUCCGUUGAAGACGAUGUAUCUUUUUGCAGCAGUUUCUAAUGUUUUCCUCUUUCUGCAACCUUCUUAAUGUUCAGACUUUGUAAGUUCUCACAAUGACUAUAGUUGUUGACAGAUUCAUUAAUAAGCCCAUCUGUUUCCAACUACAUCAAAUAGAGUUAUAAACUUUUGUAUAAACCACUUGUAAACGCUAAAUAGGGAACACAAAGAAGAACCGGAAGUAAAGUGUUACCUUGUUCACAAGGUGUUAUUAAGUAUAUCCUCACAGUGUUGUACAGUGCACUGUUUGCUCUUUUGCACCAACACACAGUGUGUGAAUAGCAUAUCAAUAGCACUGCUUUUCAUCACAAGACCACCUGUGCGUCUGUGGAGUUUUAAGCUGCUGUGCACAGCAGAUGUUUGUUAUUUUAAAUCUGUAAUUUAAAUACUGUGAGAAAAUGAAUAUUAAUGGUGUUGAACUAUUUCUUACUUUUUAAGGACUGGGAAUAAAUAAUGUGAAUCUGA